ACUUUCUCAUCACGCACUAAUCAAAAUCAGCCAAGUUAUCACACACACACACACCACAAUUCCCACAAGUGUGGUGUUGCAUGGACCAUGCAUUCAAACCACCUAUAUAUAUAUAUAUAAUAUUAGCCAUUAAAAGAGGAUUAAAACAUUUCAACAAUCACAAGCCAAAAUAAUGGCGAAACCCCACUUCAUAUCAAUGCUUCUCUUCAUUCUCUACACAAUCAAACACACCCACCAAACUUUCGAUAUUGAUGACAACUCCCUCAACGUGCCAAACCCUAGCAAAAUCUUCGAUCGCCUUACCGAAAUGACAUAUGGGGUUUCGCACAAGCACCUAUGCUUUCGCUGCAUAGGCGACUCGUCUCGCUUUCUGGCCGCACACAACUUGGCGCGGGCCGAGAAAGGGCAGCUACCGCUCUUGUGGGAAGCCAAGCUCGCCAGGCACGCACGGCGUUGGGCGUCCCAAAGGAAAGCCGACUGUGCGCUGCGGCAUUCGUCCCCAAUAGACGGGCUCGGAGAGAACAUAUUUUGGGGCGGCGGGUCCGGGUGGACGCCGACCGACGCCGUUAGGUUGUGGGCGGAAGAGGAAAAGGACUACUCUUACAAGAACAAUUCCUGCGCCCAUGGCCAAAUGUGUGGGCACUACACGCAGAUCGUGUGGCGGAGUACUAGGAGGGUUGGUUGCGCUAGGGUUAUCUGUGACAGUGGUGAUACGUUCAUGAUUUGUAACUAUGAUCCGCCUGGUAAUUAUAUUGGUGAGAAACCGUACUGAUCGAUCUUAAAAUCUCAGUUGUGUUUGUGUCAUCACAUACUAUUUUUAUAUAUAUAUAUAUACUAUAUAACGUCAGAUGACUUGUAUUUAUUAUAUGUAACAAAGUGUUACAUCAUGUAUAUGCCGGUGGCCGGCUUAAUUUAUUAUAAUAUGAUUAGAAAAUAUAUAUAAUAUAUUUGCAAUUUUUAAGUUAGAUAUAGAUGUGGGGGUUUGGUAUACAUAACUAUAUGUUAUUACUUAAAUGUAUAAAGAUAUAU